AUGGUGAGCGAAAUGCAUGAAGAUGAGGUAACAAAUGUUGUCCGCAAAGAAAAAAUCAUCUUAAAAUUAGGACAGCAUCUGUUCAAUAAACAUGGGCACGAUGCCACAAAACAUGAGUACAUCAGGCAAAAGAUGCGUGAAACCGGGCGACUCGUGCUUGAAGGAAGGAAGCAUGGGAAGUUGAAGGAAGUGUCCGAGUUCUUCGUUCCAGCUAAUUUUCCUCACGUCAUCAAUGCAGUUCACGGUGUGGCUGGCUUAAACGAAGAGACAAGCAGCUAUAAAACACCGUCUUUGGCCCUAAAGUUAGGGCACAACCUCAAGAAGAUGGCCAGCAUUAUUGAAUGUGAGGCAAUGAUGUCAGGUGAUAAGAAUACCCUCAGCGAUGCGCAAGCCUUUAAACAAAUCUGUGACACUAAAUGGAGUGAGUGUGUGUCAUCCCAUGCUCUCCGAACUUUGAGUGAAGCAAAAUGGAAUUCUCCACAGCUUCUUCCAUUUGCAGAAGAUGUGAAAAAAAUGCACCAAUAUCUUGACAGCCAUAGUAAGGAGUCUCAAACAAAACUUGAACAAGAACCAAGUAGCAAACACUGGGCAGAACUUGCAAAAGUGACACUCUGUCAGGUGAUACUUUUUAAUCGUAGAAGGGAAGGAGAGGUAUCCAAGAUGUCCCUUAAUUCUUUCAUAUUGAGGGAUACCUCAUCGACUCAUCCAGAUGUAGAGCUUGCCCUGACAGACCUUGAAAAGUCACUUUGCAAGCACUUCCAGAGAAUUGAAAUACGAGGUAAACGUGGACGUAAGGUCCCCAUUCUUCUCACACCUGAUAUGGUGACAUCGAUGGAGUUACUCGUCAAGACUCGCCGUAACUGUGAUGUUCUGGAUGAGAAUGUAUUCAUGUUUGCAAGACCAAACGCAAUGAGCCAUUUCAGAGGAUCAGACAUUGUUCGAUAUGUAGCUCGCAGCUGUGGAGCACAAUCUCCAGAAGCACUGUCCUCAACUAGAUUGCGAAAGCAUAUGGCAACAAUGUCCAAAGUACUGAACUUAAAAGAUAAUGAAAUGGACGAUAUUGCUAACUUCCUAGGACAUGACAUCAGAGUCCAUCGCCAAUACUAUAGACUACCUGAAGGUACCUUACAGUUGGCAAAGAUAAGCAAAGUACUUAUGGCUAUGGAGCGAGGACAACUAAAUUAUUUCAAAGGAAAGAAUCUCGAUGAGAUCGAGAUUGAUCCACAAGAAAAAAUACAGAUGGACAGUGAUGAAUCGGACUCUGACACCGAAAUAACUGAAAAGGCUGCUUCACCUUCAAAUUCUGCAGACAAAUCAAAGAAGUCUACUGCUGGAGUUGGACAAAAGAAAACUACACAACCAGCUAAAGGAAAGAAAGUUAAAAAACGGCAGCCAAUGGACUUGGAACAACCAGACACAACAAAGAGAUCUUCGCGAAACCCACGGAAAAAGUGGUCUACAGAGGAGAUCCAAGCGGUAGAAAAAACGUUGCUAACCUGCAUCAAGUCUGGAAGGGUUCCCGGGAAAACACAGUGCGAAGAAUGCAUUAAAUCCUCCCCUGCUGCGCUUCAAGGAAGAAGCUGGGAGGCAGUCAAAUUUUAUGUUAAAAAUCGCAUUGACUCGUUGAAGCGAAAAUUGUAAAAGAAAUGUGAAAUAGCCUUUAACAAGG